GUCCCACUCACAGUAGUGAGAGAAGGACAAACACCUCCACAUAGAAAAGGAAACUGGGGUGUAGGGAGACGGGCAGAUUUGUCUAAGAUUGCGCAGAGGGCACUCAGGAAAGCUGGGUCCUGGGUAGCCCACACGCAGAAUUAAAUCAGUGUCCAGCCCUGAAGUUUAUUGAUUCGGCGGGAGCACAGAAAUCCAGUGAUCCAGACGUCAACAUUCCCAUCAGUGGCUUCUGUUCCGGACGUCAACAUUCCCACCUGUUUUCUGGGUGAGGAGCCCAAAAGAGAAAGCUACUUAAUGAGAAGCCACGGGGGUGUGUGUCCCUGGGUGCGGCGGCGCUAACACCCACUUGGCAACUUCACGCUGCUGGCUGCGAGCCAGCUCGGGGCUAUUGCUGCUGCCGCUGGGCCGCAAGUGGAAAACAACCUGGCUCCAGAAAGACAAUUAACAAAGGCUGGAGAUCCGGCAACCCCUUCCUGACGCACGCACGCAGCGUGGGCAGAGCCGCGCUCACCGUGGGGACCGCGGAGCAGAGGCCUGGCGUGGCGCGGGUCCCGGGAGCCCGGUGCCCCUCCUGCCCUGGCUGCAUAGUCACGGGGUGGCCGAGUUCUGAGCUAGGGCACCGGCACAUAGCACGCGAACCUGCUGACAUGGCCGAUCAUGGGGCUGAUGAGCCCAGGACAGGGAGUCCGGAUGGGGAGAGUCGCGUCUCUGAGGACAGAUGGGCGCUCCAUCAGAGGCUGGCCGUCAAGGAGCUGAUCAGCAGCGAGGCCUCGUACGUGAACCUGCUCCAGCUCUGUGCCUUGGCCAUCAGAAGCCGCCUGCAGCAGCAAGGGGACAUCCCAACACGCCUUUGGGAACUCCUUGUUGCUUUUUCGCUAUCAGGUAACCUAUUCCUGGAAUCCCAGGAGGAGUUGGAGCGAGUCUAUAAGGUCUACUGUGCCAACUACGACCAGGCCUUGCAGCUGGUAGAGUCGUACCGGAAGGACCCAGAGCUGCAGCGGGAGAUCCAGGACGUCAUUACGGCAGUGGUGCCGCAAGCCGGACCCUCAGGCCUCAGUUUCUUACUGGUAAUCCCUAUGCAGAGGAUUACCAAAUACCCACUGCUGCUGCAGAAAAUCCUGGAGAACACACUGCCUGAUGCCAGUGCCUUUCCUGUCCUGCAGAGGGCUGCCUCUGCCCUCCAGGACGUGAACACCAACAUUAAUGAGUACAAGAGGCGCAAGGAAGUGGCCUCCAAGUACACCAGGGUGGAGCAGCUGACCCUCCGGGAGCGACUGGCCCGCAUCAACACACACACCCUAUCCAAGAAGACCACUCGGCUGAGCCAGCUGCUGAAGCAGGAGGCAGGGCUCGUGCCCAGGACAGAAGAUAAGGAAUUUGAUGAUUUAGAAGAGAGGUUCCAAUGGGUCUCACUGUGUGUGACCGAGCUGAAGAACAACAUGGCUGCUUACCUGGAUAAUCUGGAGGCUUUCGUCCGCUUCCAGCCACAGGAAUGUGACCUGGACAUCCCCGAGGGGCCGGUGGUACAGUACUGCAACCUGGCGAGAGACCUGCAGCUCCAGGCCUUCCCUGAGUUCAAGCAGCGGCUGGAAGGCCUGGUUUGGCAGCCACUGUGCAGCCUGACCAAAGCCCUGGCUGGCCCUCAGAACCUGAUCAAGAAGCGUCUGGACAAACUGCUGGACUUUGAGCGGCUGGAACAAAAGCUGUUGGAGGUGGGCAGUGCGACCUAUGAGGAAAAUGAGGCCCGGCACACAUACCAGGCACUCAACUCCCUGCUCGUGGCUGAACUCCCGCAGUUUAACCAGCUGGCUGUGCAGUGGCUGGGCCAUAUCCUGCGUACGUUCAUGGCUCUUCAGAGGGACCUUGCAAAGCAAGUGCUGCAGAAGGCAGAGGGCAGCUUGUCCCAGCUGCCCCACCACCAGCUCUCUGAGCCAGCCUUCAGGAAGCUGGUGGAGGACACACUAGGCCAGGCUGCUCACCAGCUUCACUCCUUUCAAGAGAACUUCGAGAAAGUGCUACCACCUCCCACCAUACAACCACUCCUGCCGGGGGCUGAACGCCAGGUGCAGGCUCUUCUGAGCAGGUAUGGCCCAGGAAAGCUGUACCAGGUGACAAGCAACAUCAGCGGGACAGGGACCCUGGACCUAACACUGCUGCGGGGCCAAAUUGUGGCGCUCCUUCAAAACAAGGACACCAAAGGCAACAGCAACCGCUGGCUGGUGGACACCGGGGGACAGCGAGGGUACGUGCCAGCUGGGAAACUGGAGCUGUACCAUGUCGUCCCUGGUGAGGAGAAGCUCAGAGGGCAGGCGGGGCCUCCAGAGGACUCCCGACGUCUAACACCAGAGCCCACCCCAGCCCUAGUCCCCUCCGUCCCAACUGGGUCCCAGGUGGUGGCAGUGUACCCCUUUGUGGCCAGAAACAGCCAUGAAGUGAGUCUGCAAGCAGGCCAGCCUGUGACGGUCCUAGAGGCCCAGGACAAGAAGGGGAACCCAGAAUGGAGCCUCGUGGAAGUGAAUGGACAGAGGGGAUAUGUGCCUUCCAGCUUCCUGGCCAGGGCCCCAAGCCCGAUGCCUUGGGGCUGGAGUUUGCCCUCCUAGGGUGCCUUCCUCAGAGCCCAUGCUGCCGAAGGAUGGGGAGGCUUAGAGGCUGUGACCCCAGGAGGGAAGACAAGGCGGGGCGGAAGGGGCCAUCAGGCCAGGGUGGGGUGAAGGGCACGCAGGAGGCAGACAGAAGAGGUGGGCGGGCCUUUGCAAACUGCCUGGCACGGGUGGGCACGAAAGGCAGCAGUUGGGAACCACUUAUGGUAUCUCUGUAAAGAGGUCAUUGCAACCUGCAGUCCAUAGCCUGGGUGGCAGGCCACGUUGGUAAGAACUUGCCAUGGCUAAUGGCCAGUCUUACCUGUGACCCCAUCUGGACCUGCUCAUGGAGUGGGUCUCCCAGGCGAAUGUUACCUGUGUGCUAGGUAGGGGUGCUAGAGAAUCCUAGAACUGCCUGGCUUGACAGUUCACUUACUACAUGUGAUAUCAGGAGGCACCGUAGCUGACCAGUCAUCUUUUAUGUCUCUGUACUGGGAGCUGCGUUACCUUGGGCAGUGAACCCCAGAGGGCCUUCUCUAGCUGGAGAGGUUCCCAGGAGACCCUUGCCUGGGCCUGGGAGUGGGCAUGACCAAAUCACAGUUCUGGGAUGUGUGUAGGAAAAUUCAGAGCCUGUUCCAGGGGAGAAGGGAUUUUGAGGGUGUGUUCGUUUGGGCAUAUGAGGCUGUUGGCAGCAGUUGUACUCUGCUGCUGUGUUCUCUGGACUAGGGGACAAAGAGGCAUGCAAAUCACAGAGGAAACUGUGAAGCAGGUGAUCACAGGCCUGGUGGUGGGGGAGAUUAGGUAAUGGCUUGGUUUCCUGUUUCUGGAAGGAAGGGAGCCAGGGGGAACCCCCAGUAGUUUCAGGAGGCAACGGUUGUGAUGUCAGUUGGCUGUGGGACCUUAGACAUAGGACACGACCCCUGUUCUCCCACCCAUAAAAACCUAACCUAGGGUUGUGGCGAGAAUGACAUGAGGCUAAUGAUGUGCACGCUCCUUGCAAAUUGUGAAGUGUAAAUAAAUGUAAAUGACCAUAGGUAGCAGGAUAUUCGGGAAGUGGUCUCCGUAUGGCCCCAGCACUUGCAUCCAUGCUCCACUUCCCAUGCCCGAACCCACGGCAGAUGUCAUUCAUCAACGUGGUGUCCAUUCCCACCAGCCUAGGCUCUACCACAGGAGCCUUCUCAAUACUGCAUUCCAGGUAGCCAAACUCUUGAAUUUGGUGAGAUCAAACCUAUUAGCAUUCCUUUCUAGAACCUGAAAACGGAAGCCCCUCAAAACGGCUCUGUUCAAGAAAGACUGACUCAUUGGGGAAAUUUUGGGUUCAGCUGCUAUUGAAUUAUCAUCUUUAGGUUGUCACUCUGGGCUUAAGGUAAAUCGUAAGAUUCAUAGAAGAGCAAAGAGAUCCAGCAUGAUCUUUAAUACAAAUGACAAAUUUUGGAACCAACCCAAGUUAGAGUGUGUGUAAAAACAGGUGGAAGUUAAGACUCACCCCCAAGAACAGCUCUAUGUUAUUAAACUGUAAGCCCUGGUGUUUAGAGGGCUUUUAAGAAAUAUAGACAUGUCUGUGUCAGACAGCUUGUAACUCACCACCUUUGGGCUUGUGAAAACGUGAAGACUGCAUAAUGCUAGAGAAACUCAGUCCCCAUAAUCCCUCUCCCAGCCCCACAUUCACUUUACAAGAUGCUCUUGACUCAUUUUUCUUUUUCUUUCCUGCUCAGAUUCCUGAUACAGAUAGGAAGCAUAAGGGAGCAGAUAAUAAGAUAAGAAACCCAUUUGUGGCUCCACAAUACUUACCGAGAGCCUGCUGUGUGCUAGGACCCUACCUAGCUCAAAAGUUUCUCCAUGUGGCCGCUUACUGCCGUCACCUGGGCAGCUUUCAAGUAUGGCUGAGGCCAGGACCCCACCUGGGGAUUCUGAUGUAAUUUUUCUGGGGGUGUGGCCUGAGCCUCAGGAACUCAGAAGGCUCUCCAGCUGAUGAGUGUGUGGCCAGAGUGGGGGACCUCUGACCUAGACACGCGGUGGUGGACAAGCGACUUGGGGAUCAGAAAUGGCCAUAAGCUAUACGCUAGGACAUGCCCCUUCUCAGCUUUGUACUAGCUCAGAUGUUUUGAACAGGCAGCUUUAGAGGUGGUUUGAAGUAGGACAGCCUGUCCUGUCAGGUCCCAGAAUGUAUAUUUAUUAAGUGCCAUUAGAAGGGACCUGAACAAAAUUGGAUGUUCUUGUAGGCAGAAAGGAGAAAACUGAAAUACACUUGGAACAAAAUCUAUCUCAUGAAGGGAAAAUUAAAAUGUAUUCAGUAGCACAUGGAUUACAGUUUCUUGUGGACCAGGGGAUGAGAUUAAAAGUCUCUGAAGGGUGAGAAAAUGCAUAUUGAGAAGAUAGAGAAUGGCCUGGAUUUUCUCCAGGGGACUCUCUAUAACGUGCCUUUUCCCCCCAAAAUGCCUAGAACCAUUGCACUGUGUCUUGUUUAGUUCACUGUUAGGCUGUCACAUAUUGAACCUGCUAAGGUAUUUGCCUAUGAACCCAACUAGACUUUAGGGGUUGAAGACUGAUUCACAGGGGUGCUCCUUACUACCUGCAGGGGAGUGAGACCUCUUUAACUUUUUGGGCCCCAGCCCCGUUUUGGACAUGAGGACAAGAUUACAAUCUCAAAGAUCAGAUGAGUGAAUUCUUGGUUAAUAUAAUGAGCUCUGGCUUGGUGAAUAACUGAUGUGAACUACUGGGAAUAAAGGACUUCAAAGAUGAA